UGAUUGGUCAGAUUGUCAGCGGCACCGGAGCGGGCGGAACAACACACUUUUAUCCCAUACCUAGCUGCUGGCUAGUGGCUAACAUGUAACCCAUUUCUUCGUUUAAUUAAGUGCUGAGGCACCGUUUAAUUGAAGGCUUCUAAUGGCUUUUUCAUGAAGUGUAAACUGACAUUUAAAUACCGUUAUGACGAAGUGACCUGGGUUAGCUAAGCAGGCCACCUCUCAUUGAAAUCACAGCUAGUUUUCCAGCGCUAUCUUUUUAGCUAACGGCUAACAGGAGCGACAGCAGCACCACCGGGAGAAGCAUGAACUGCCCCCCCACCAAGCGCCUCCGAGGCAUGAACCAGGAUGUAGUGACGGCAGUGGCCUUUGAUGACCCGUUUGGAGAUGACAUGGACUUCACCCAGGACGACUUGGAUGAGAUUGACAUCAUCUCCUCGCAGGCCAUUACCUCGGCCGCUGCACCUGGGCUUGGGUCUAAACCAGGAAUCAAACCGACAGAGCUGGCCCGCGGGUCUGCCCAGCCGCCAUCUGCAGGGCAGAGCCAUUCUGUGAGCAGAACCACAACCAAUCAGAGCAGAGCGAAUGCUGGGAUACCAAGCAGAGAACCUCUCGGUAACAGGCAGCAGCAGUUUGGGUCGGGCAGAGAAGACUCCCACAGUCUGCUGGAGGCCCAGCAUGCAGAGCUAAAGAGGAAGCUGAAGGAGGUGGAGGAGGAGAUUGUGUUGAAGAGCGGCGAGAUCCGGGUCCUGAGGGACUCUCUGAAAGCAGCUCAGCAGGAGAAGGAGGCCCAGAGGCAGAAACAGAUCCAACUGGAGACCCAGAGACAGAGAGAGCAGAGUGAAAAGGAGAAGGAGCUCAACAAGAAGGUUCAGUCUUUGCAGUCAGAGCUGCAGUUUAAAGAAGCUGAGAUCAAUGAAAUAAAGACCAAACUGCACAGUUCGGACAAAAACAAGAUGGCCUCUCCACUGCCUAGAAACAGUCCGAAAGUGCUAAACUGUCUCGCCCAGUUGCAUCAUGGGAGCGGCAGCAGCUCCUCCUCUCCAACAGGAAAUGGCUUUAUCACCAAGGAGACGUUUGGAGCCCACGUCCCGUCCAGAACGACACCGGUGAAGACACGGAAAGACUCAGACAGAGGGGUGUCCAGCAGCAGAUCUGGGGAGAGACGGGAAGCGUCUCACCCAGACCCCUUCCUGUCCGUCAGACCUGCUCACCUGCAGCUCCGAGGUGGGGUCCUACUAGGGUUAUUGCUGCAGCAGCCUUUGUCUCCCAGCAGCCUCGGCCUCUCUCACCUCCUAUCCAUGAGUCUGACUGACAUCCACCUGACAUCCAGCAGGCUGUCUGCAGGUUUGCUGCUCCACUCUGAUCCUGCAGCCAGUGUAGGUGGCGGUGUAGGCGGAGCUCCCAGAGCUGCUCUGAGUCCGGUCCAGAGUCUGGCUGUAACUGGCCUCAACAUGCUGAGUCAGAACCGACCAGCAGCUGCAGCCAGCAGCAGAAACAAAAGGCCGUGUCCCGGAGCUGUCCUCCUCCUCCCUCUGUUGGAGCUUCACCUGUCUCGGCUGUGUCAGGCUCUAGACUCAGUCCGCUCCCCCUCUGCUGGGAGCAGUGGGUCCAGCUCUACCGCUGCCAGCUCGCUCCCAGCAGGCAGUGCUUCUGGACUGGGGAGACUGGAGGAGGCUGGUUUGACUGGUUUCAGCGUGGAGGACACUGGUUUGGCUGCUCUGAGGCUCCUGUACCUGGUGCUGGCCCACAGUGACGAGGUGGUGGCGGCUGUGUUGUCAAAGGAGAGUCAGAGCAGAGUUACAGACAUACAGACUGAACACUCGACUGCAGGUGUGGGUCUGUGCUCCCAGAAUGCCUUGCUGACGUCAGUGUUGCGGCUGUGUGAGGCGGGCCAAGGCGGCGGCUCGCAGAAUGAGGAGCUUGUCCUCAAUGCCAUAAAGACCCUGUGUGUCCUUAUUGAGAGGACCCCAGACACUCACGUGGACAGGUUGCAGUGUGUGUUGCAGGUGGUGUGUGUGUGUUUGUCAGCAGACUGCAGGUUGCAGACCGUUUCGGGGAGUGUGUCUGUCCUCACGUCUAUGUCCGACCACCAGACACUGGCUCAGCAGCUCUGCUCUCAGCACGACCCAUGUAUUUUCCUGAAGUUGUUCCAGUUCAUCAGAACAAGACCAGACAACCAGGCAACACACACAGACUGGAUUCUGCUGGACCUGCAGGUGGUACGUUUGCUGAGCAGACUGAAGACUCAGAGAGCAGAGAGCUGCACCGCCAGCCAGCACAGCACCUGCCAAUGUCACACUGAGUUGGUUCAAACAGUGGUGAUUGUUUUCCAUCGUCAGUGGUUGGAUCUUCGUGGUUCUCGGGACCCUACGGACUCAACUGGCCCGGCCCCGCCCUCACAGAAGUGCCCCGCCCCCUCGUUGCAAUGGUGGCGUGGCCCGGCGGCGUCGCUGCUCAGAGAGUGUCUGCUGCUGCUGCACUGGCUGCUGCUGCAUCACGGCAGCUUCUCAGAGAGCUGCAGGCCGCUGCUGCACAUGUAUGACCAGGUGAUCCCCGCUGUACGAGACACGCUGAGGAAGAUCCCCGAGCUGAGCGAGAGCGAGGAGCUGGCGUUGGAGGAGAUCUGUCGUUCGGAGGGCGACGACACUGACGACAUGGACACUGAAACUGGCUCCUGAUUGGCUGCUGCCACCGACUCCCCCAGUGACCAAUGAGCAGACACGAGGGACAGUUCGCUGACUGCGGAUUCAAUAUUACAGAUGGAGAUGAGGACAGAACAGAGACGGAAAUGGAUGUUGGAGGGAAAUGAAGGCUAAGAGAAAAGCCUGGUUGAAGUGAUGGGACAGUCACAGGACUUAUUCUGCUGUCUGAUGCAAUUUAACAAUAAAACAUGAAGGUGAGACAAAC